AUGUCUACUUCCUCUUUCUUAAGCACUAUUGCCUCCCGUCGUACCAUCUAUGAACUAAAACCAGAAUUACCAGCUGGUGUCACCAUAGAACAUGUCCAAAACGCUGUUCAACAAAUCAUCAAGGAAACUCCAACCGCUUUCAACUGUCAAUUACUUCGUGCUGUCGUUUUGACUGGUGAAACCCAUAAGAAGGUUUGGGAUCACGUUGCCAGCGCCAUGCCAGAUGCUGGUGCCAAGAAGAGACCAGAAUCCGUCAGAGACGAAGCUUACGGUUCUGUCAUUUUCUUCACUGAUGACAACAUCACCAAGAAAUUACAAUCUGACUUUGCUGCUUUUGCUGAAGUCUUCCCACGUUUAGGUGCUCACUCUUCCGGUGCUUCUCAAAUUAACUCCUGGGCUGCUAUUGAAUCCUUAGGUUUAGGUGCUCAUUUACAACAUUACAACGACCUUGUCAGAGCCGCUUUACCAGAAAAGAUCCCAGCUAACUGGGGUGUUCACUCUCAAUUAUGUUUCGGUGCCAGAGCUGGUCAACCAGGUGAAAAGACCUACAUCAACAACCCAGUUGAAAUUUUCAAUUAA